AUGCUGUGGAAAAAUUAUGUUCUAUCCAGUUCCCGAAUAACACGUAGGCUUCAUAAGUCACCUAGAAAGAGCAGCUUCUCUAAGAACUUUUUUAUCACAGGCUGCCUACUGACAGUUGGAGCAGUAAGCAGUUAUUUAACCUACAGGUACACAAGUGAGAGGGAAAACAAACAUGAGUUAUCUCCAUCUUAUUUUGUCAAGUACAAGAUUUCACACAAGCGAGAUAUUGAUUCAUCACAUUUUUUAUUGGAAGUAACUCCGUUGUUUAAGCAGAAAGUUAACAUAUGGUCAUUGAUGACUGCGGAAAAUCUGUGGUCCGUCGAGAUCAAACAACCGGAAGUCAUGGUGGUCCGCAAUUAUACGCCUCUACCGCUUAAAUUUAACCCAGCUUCAAAAGAGAUUGAAAUCUUAAAAGAUGGUGACAAUGCAGAUGGAAAAUUAUCUUUCUAUAUUAAGAAGUAUGAGAAUGGAGAAGUUGCAAGAUGGUUACACCAUCUUCCCAAGGGACAUAUAAUUGAAAUAAGAGGCCCGUUUAUCGAUUAUGAGUUUCCUCAUUUGCCUAAUGAGCUAAAAAGAUCUCGCGAUUGUUUAUACAUGGAUAAUCGCAAUGAAAGGGGCAAUAACGUUAGAGAAAAUUCCCAAUUUAUUUACCAGCCUUAUGACAUAAUGAUGUUCACCGCUGGUACCGGAAUAGUUACUGCGUUGCAACUACUUUUGACUGAAUCACCAUUUAGAGGUACUAUAAAGUUAUUUCAUACGGAUAAGAACAUUAAACAACUGGGACCCUUGUAUCCUAUCCUUUUAAGACUUCAAGCUUCAAACAGGGUCCAGUUAAAAAUUUUUGAAACAGACCGACAAACUAAACAAGACGUAUUGAAAAGUAUCCAGAAAUCAAUCACGAAGCCCUACCCAUACAAAGGUCUGCUCCCCUUUUCCAACGUUAACAACAAGAAUAUUAUGCCUGUGUUGGCAUUGGUAUGCGGCCCCGAAAGUUAUAUUAGUAGCAUAUCUGGAAGAAAAUACGAUCUUAAUCAGGGACCAGUAGGAGGGUUACUUUCCAAAGAAGGCUGGAACUCCGAUAAUGUGUAUAAACUUUCAUAA